AUGGCAUCCACCACUAUUCUCGCCGCACUCCUCAUUCUCGUCUGGUUCCUCUUCGCCCUCCUCAUCCUCGCCCUCACCCUCGCCUUCCACUACUUCAAGGCAACCUACAAAAUCGAAAUUGUCCUAACCCGACAACCGACCACCCCCACCAUCGACUUAACCCCUGAGUGGCCCACAGGAGUACAAGUAAACCCUCCAGACCCUCUCAUUCCUACCCCCUUUACUGACUUAUUUAGUGAAUUCCUGGAUGAAGGCGGGUUCCGUUACCCAUUUGCCCCUUCCCUGCCAAAUGCCACUCAUCGACCCUUCCUCAUUCCAGGACCCCCUGACUCUUCCAACAGCGAUGUCGCGGUCCUACAUCAAUUCCCUGGACCCCUGGAAGUCUCCCAGGCAUCAGAAGCAACCACCGCGUCUUAUCACGUCGCUCCUGCACAGGUAUUCCCCUCCUCAUUGCCUAUGAAUAUCACGUCUUCGCCCAAUCCUGACAGUCCUAUCGCUGCGACCACCGACUCCCUCAGCAUGCCGCCCCUCGCCUCGGACGAUUCGGACAAUGGUAGCCUUGACCACGUCCCCAGUCUUCAACUACUAUCAGACGUCAGUGAAUACAUCACGGCCACAGAAGGGUAUAGCAGCGAUACACAGGAAUUUGUGGUCUACAGCGACGAUGUCAUUCAACGACCCUCCAAUGAUGUCACUUGA